CAUCUGUGCAACUGUUUGCAAACAGUUGGAAGACUUCUGCUGCUUGCCCAGACAUGGCACAGCCUGCUCCCAGCCCAUGUGAGGAAAACAAGCAUCGUGAGGUUUGGGCCAGGGGAGAAUGUCGAGUACUACUGAAUGAUGUGUUUGCAGCUUGUCAUCACAAGAUUGAUCCCCAGCCCUUCUACGAUGCGUGUGUGUCUGACUCCUGUGCCUGUGAUGGGGGCGGGGACUGCCACUGUCUGUGCACUGCUGUGGCUGCAUACGGAGACAUGUGCAAUCUCCAGGGAGUACAUGUUCGGUGGAGGACACAUGACUUUUGCCCUACCCAGUGUGAGGACUUCAAUCAGGAGGAUGUGUGUGAGUGGCACUAUGAUCCGUGUGGCACUGCCUGUCCUGCCACUUGUGAAGACUGCCACCCCACCGACUGUGACUUACCUUGUCUGGAGGGUUGUCAUCCAAAGUGCAAGAAUGGAACAGUUCUCCAUGAAGGAAGAUGUAUCACCCCAGACCAGUGCCCUGCUCACCCCAUUGUUGACAAGACGUGCGGUCCAUGCUGUAACAAGACAGCACCUGUGGAUGAGUAUGGCUGUCGCUACGCUGACUGUGUCUGUCCAACAUGUCCUGCAGUAACCCUGUGUCCAAAAGGGCAGGCUGUGAGAUCUAUAGAUGAGUGUGGAUGUGAACACAUCAGAUGUCGCUACUGUCUCCAUAACGACACCAACCACAAUCUGAAGGACACAUGGAUGGAGGGUAAAUGUAAGAGGUGUGAGUGUACAGCAGAGGUGGACCCUAUCACAGACAACUAUGCUGUCAGCUGUGAAAUGCUUGAAAAUUGCAGGGGCAACAUACAUUGCCAUGAGUACCACAAAGCCCAGGACCAGUGUUGUGGCCAGUGUAUUGCCACUUCUUGCUGUGAAACAAAUUUGAAUGGAGAGGUCACCAGCCAUCCAAUCAACUCAACAUGGACACUUCCCACGGAUUCCUGCCAUGUGUGCACAUGCAGCAGCAGUGAUGCAGGAGUCUUUGCAUUCUGCCCCAGAAUGCCAUGUGUAGAACACUAUCUACCAUCCACCUGUCCAGCUGACCGUAUCAGGGAGGUCCCAACAGCAGACGGGUGCUGCAUUAUAUCGCAAGCUGUGUGUCCAAGUAGUUCCAAGACUUGCCCCCCAAACACUGUAGCCACUACAAGUCAAGACGAGUGUGGCUGUGAUGUCAUGACCUGUGGUUGCCAGGAGAAACCAGUCUGCUCAUGGAGCCCGUGGAUGAACUCAGACACACCGUCCAAAAGUCCACCUGAUGAUGAUGAGACCUAUGAGCACCUGCGUGCAGCUGGUUUGGAGUUUUGUUCCCAGCCAAAGGACAUCCAAUGUCGAAACAGCAAGGCACCUGACUUCCCCUUCAGCACAGUCAAACAGGAAGGCGUGGAGUGUGAUGUCAACACAGGACUGCACUGUCUGUCCAGCAACAUUCCCAGCAUCUGGGGUCCAGGUACAUGCUAUGACUAUGCUGUGCGUGUCUACUGCUGUGAAUCCCCACAGAACAAGUCAUGUGUGGACAAUUUUGGACAGCCAAGGAAAAAUGGAGAGACAUGGUAUGAUGCAGACAACCACUGCAAGCGUACACUCUUCAGCUGUAACUGUGGCCUCAUCUCCAUGGAGAACACCCUGACUUGUCCUGAGAUACAGCCACCAACAUGCUUGAAUGGCCUUCCACCUGUCAGCGUUGGUGACUGUUGUCCCCAGUACACAUGUGGAUGUAUGUGUCGUGGCUAUGGAGACCCACAUUACCUCAACUUUGAUGGGCAGUACUUCAUGUUCCAAGGGGAUGGACAGUUUGUGCUUGCUCGGCCUAUUGGAACCCAGGAGUUUGAGAUUGUUGGUGAAAAUGGGGAAUGUGACCCUCCGGCUGGAACAACAACCUGCACCAAUGCUGUCAUUGUCAAGUACAAGGGCCAUGAGGUCUCUCUCAGGCCUAAACAGAAGGUCUUUAUUAAUGGAUCAGAGUGGAGGCUACCCAUCACCUAUGAAGGAAUGACUGUAGCCACUAAGGGGAUUGAGCUGGUAUUACAGAUCCCAGCACUUGAGGUCACGGCGACUUAUGAUUGGCUGAGCAGUCAGUUCUUCAUCAUUGUGCCUCCCAAAUUGUUUGGGAACCGUACGGAAGGGUUAUGUGGUCGAUGUGAUAACCUGAAGGAUGAAUGCAAUGAUUGUGAGUGCCUGCACCAGUGGAAAGUACCCAACACAGGCCCAGUGGAGUCAUCCUGUGGCAAGCCUGAGUGUGCCAGCCCACCAUGUCACAAAUGUGAUGAUAGUGUCUGUCAAGUGUUAACAGAUCCCGUUGGACCAUUUUCAUCCUGCCAUACCAUUGUGCCUGUUGACACCUACCACCAGGCAUGUCUGUAUGACACACAACAUUGUGCUACAGAAUGUAGCGCUCUGUCAGCAUAUGCCUCCGAAUGCUUGCGGUUGGGGGUCUGUCUGGAUUGGAGGGGGAAGGCCAACAAUUGCUCUCUUAGCUGUGGGAGUGGUGCUGUGUACAAAGCCUGCAGCUGUGAACAGACCUGUGACAGCAAGGACAUUGCUGGCCAGACUGACUGUGCUACACCAACUGAAGGCUGUUUCUGUGAGGAUGGGCUGGUGCUCCAUUCACAGACUGGAGUAUGUGUGACCCCUGACACAUGUUAUGGCUGUGUGGAUGAGUACAACAUGCCCCGCAGACUGGGCGAGUGCUGGACUCCCUACGGUAACAGCUGUCAGCUGAUCUGCUGCACCGGGCACAACCAGCUGACCCACCAGAAUAAGACAUGCCCCCCUCAGCAACAUUGUGCCACCGGUUUCAUGACAACAAUAGUAGAGAACUCCUGCUGCCGUGAAGUCCAGUGCUCACAGAUGGACGUCUGUGUCCACAACAACCUGACCUAUCAGGUGGGCAACUCCUGGAGUGAAGGCAUGUGUGAGACAUGUGAGUGUACAGAGGACAUUGAUGUGGAUACACAGUUCCGCACCAUCAGCUGUCGUAGGAAGGACUGUCCACAUGUGGAGGAGGCGUGCCCUGUGGGGUACACACUGACCACCAGCAGUGACCGCUGUGGCUGCACACAGGUUAACUGUACUCAGAAACAAAUCUGUGUGCACCUCAACAUAGAACACCAGGUUGGGACACCUGGAAUGAAGGGCAGUGUAAACAGUGUACCUGUGAAAACACAGUGGACCUUGGAACUGGUUUUCACCUGGUGCAGUGUGUGGACCUCUCAGCUCUGUGCCCAGCUGUGGAGAAGUCCUGUCCUAUUGGCUACACAAAGACUGUCCUGUUGGACCAGUGCGGCUGUGAACAUGUCAACUGUACACAGGAGCCUGUCUGUGUGCAUGGCAAUAUCACUUACCAAAUCGGGUCAGCAUGGACUGAAGGUGCCUGUUUGGAAUGUGUUUGCACACCUGAGAUAGAUCUGACCACCAACUUCCAUGUCCUGAACUGUGAGCCCAGGCCAUGCCCUGCUGUGGACAUGACCUGUCCUAUUGGUUAUGACCUGAUUAUCAGCAAGGAUGAGUGUGGCUGCGGCCAUGGAAACUGCAGACGUAAGAAUGUGUGUCUGUACCAGAAC